AUGGCGGCUGAACAAGAUGUCGAAGUCGACGACGACUUGGCUCAAGCACAGCGCAACCUUCGAGAAUUGAAAACGAAAAUCUCUGCUCAGUCAAAAAAGAACUUUAUGCUGGAACGGGAUGUUCGUUUUUUGGAUUCGCGUAUUGCGCUUCUGAUCCAAAAUCGAAUGGCGCUGGACGAGCAUCAUGAAAUAGACUCCCAUGUAGAUCAUCACGACGAUAAUACAAGCGAUCAUUAUCCGGAUGAUCGAAAGAUGCAGCAAUACAGCAAUUUGUUCUUUCUCUUACAGUGGGAAUCACGUCAUAUCGCAACCCUUUGCCGCCUAGUUAGUCUCUCGGAGAUUGAUAAUCUACUCCAAACCGUCAUGUUCACCCUGUAUGGUAAUCAGUAUGAAAGUCGAGAAGAGCAUUUACUGCUCACCAUGUUCCAGAACGUGCUUGCCGCUCAAUUUGAGACUACACCUGAAUUCACUUCAUUACUUCGAGCCAACACGCCCGUAUCUCGCAUGUUGACGACAUAUACCCGACGAGGCCCCGGACAGACGUAUCUUAAAUCCAUCUUAUCCCAUCAAAUCCAUACCAUUAUCGAGCAAAAAGACAUCAACCUGCAGAUCAAUCCAUUAAAAGUAUAUGAAGAGAUCCUGGAAAAAGCAGAGCAAGCGCAGGGAACGCUUCCUCCUCAAUAUGAACGAAGCAUUACCGCCGAAGCAGCAGCCGCUAAUCCGGAAGUACAGUCGAUCAUCAAACCUCGUAUUACCGCCCUAAUUACCAUUGCCGAAGCAUUUCUUACCAUUAUCAUCGAUUCACUGGGCCAUGUGCCCUAUGGUAUUCGUUGGAUUUGUAAACAGAUUCGAUCGCUGGCCAAGCGAAAAUACCCUGAUGCAUCCGAUUCUGCUAUAUCAUCUUUGAUUGGCGGGUUUUUCUUGCUCAGAUUCAUCAAUCCUGCCAUCGUGACGCCGCAAGCCUACAUGUUGAUUGAUGAUUUGCCCGAUGAACAUCCACGCACCACUCUCACUCUGAUUGCCAAAAUGUUGCAAAAUCUCGCCAAUAAGCCUGUGUAUGCGAAAGAAGCUUACAUGAUCCCGACCAACGUCUUUAUAGAACGAAACAAGAAACGCAUGAAUCAGUUUUUUAACAGCCUCUGCGAAGUGGGCGAUUUUUACGAUUCUUUGGAGAUGGACCAAUACAUGGCGUUGUCGAAAAAGAAUAUCAUCAUCAACAUCACAUUGAACGAAAUUUAUAAUAUGCAAUCCCUGCUGUAUAAACACGUUGACAUACUGGCACCGAGAGAUACCGAUCAUCUGAGGAUUUUGUUGAAUGAAAUUGGACCACCACCUCCCCAGUUGCCGCGACAAGAUAAUAAGCCUAUCGAACUUCCUUUAUUCAGCCGCUGGGAUACCCCGAUUCAAGAUUUAACCACAACGUUAAUGUCAGAAAACAAUGUGACUCAGAAUGACAUUUUGUAUAUAGAAGCCAAAUUCCUGUUGGUACAGAUUCUUCGUCAUUUGCCUUCUUUGACAGGAGUACCAUUGGAUUUGCACUACAUUGCCGAAGCGGCGGCAAGCUCCAAAGACCCGUUAUUGGUGCGCAAAGGUAUCAAGAUCAAAGAAACAUUGCAUGAUUUGGAGAAGGCUGGGGUUGUUGAUGAGAGAGAUCAUUAUCAGCUAUUGGCGGAAGAAGUGCUCCAAGAAAUUGACCAUCUGGGCGAUCUCAAGGAUAUCAUUAGCGAGGAAAUUCAUUCACUUGAAAUUGUGUAUCAGUCAAUCCUGGAUCACAACAACUAUCUGAGAGGUCAACUAGAAAGCUACAAAGCGUACCUCCAGAAUGUACGUAUUCAAAGUGGCGGUGGCGGUGAUAAGGCGAAUAAAAAGCAAGUCGGUCUAGGUGUCGAGGUCGCGGUCGGUAAACCUAGCAAAAAACUGGUCAAACCGUCCGUUCAAGGACCUUUUAAAUUUACCCAUCAACAACUGGAACGCGAUGGGGUCAUUGCAGGUACCGAUAUACCGGAAUACAGACGCAAUAAUAUCUUUAUAACCAUUAGCUCGCCGACGCCAGGCACUUUUAUCAUUGCCAUUCAUUACAAAGGACGCGAUAAGCCCAUCCUGGAGAUUGAUCUAAAACUAGAUGAUCUUUUAGAAAAGCAACAGGAUAGUAUAGAGAUCUUGGAUCUCGAAUACAUCAAACUAGACGUCAGCAAAAUAUUGCAACUCUUAUCCAAGACAUUCAUAUCCAAAACUAAGUAA